CCCUCCCCUUUUUGAAAUUCAGUUUGGAUGGGCUUGGACCUUCUGCACCUUUUGGAUUCUGUUGCCUGACUGAGGAUCUCACCCAGGCUCUCAGCCGCUUGUUAUUAUUCAUAAUUCUUUUUUGCUCCUUUCCUACCUGUUGGCUGGUGGUGGAGGAAGUUUCUGCACUUCUGGGUUUGCGAGGAUUUGGCCCUUCUCAGUCCCUCUGGAUUCCCUGCAGUCCAGGAGGCUGUUGCUGUUGGGGAUGAGGAUGUUAUAAACUUCUAGAGGGGGCAGAUAUUUUUUCUCCCCCUUGAUUUCCCUAUUUGGAGAGGAUACAGAUCUGAGGUGUUGAGCUCGGCUUGCUCCUUGUUUUUCCCCCCCCCUUUUCUGUGGCGAUUGAGGGAAGAUCCCAGUUCUUUUUAGUAGCUGAUUUGCUGGGGCAAUCUGAAAUUUCUGUCCUCGGAGAGUGAUCUGUAUCGAUCUGCUGGCUUUCCUCAGAGUUUCUAGCCAAGGACCUUAUGGGAUUUUCCUUCAAUCUACUUCAUGUUCUAGGGUUUCGGUGGAGCUGGCCAUGAUGUUACGGUUCCUGGUGGCUGCCCUCUUCCCAGCUGUGAUCCUGGCCGCGCCGCCCCCCAUUAACAAACUGGCCCUUUUCCCAGACAAGAGCGCAUGGUGCGAGGCGAAGAACAUCACCCAGAUUGUGGGGCACAGCGGCUGCGAGUCUAAGUCCAUCCAGAACAGGGCCUGCUUGGGACAGUGCUUCAGCUACAGCGUCCCCAACACCUUCCCUCAGUCUACAGAGUCCCUGGUGCACUGUGACUCCUGCAUGCCCGCACAGUCCAUGUGGGAAAUCGUGACGCUGGAUUGCCCGGGCAACGCCGAGAUCCCCCGAGUCGACAAGCUGGUGGAGAAGAUCCUCCGCUGCAGCUGCCAGGCCUGCGGGAAGGAGCCGAGCCACGAGGGGGCGCUGUUCAACGUCUACCUGAACGCAGAGGAGAACCUGCCCGCCGAGGGCCCCAGCCCCCAUCACUACGCCCGCCACCAGCAGGAGGCGGAAGAGGCUCCCGUCUCCAACCGCCACCGCGAGGAGGAGGGGGGCGAGGAGUGACCCACGCCCUCCAGGACUGUCCUUCCAGCCUGCAGUGCAGACGGGGGGUGGUGCACGGGGGA